UUCCCGGAUCCUGCAGUUGGUACGGUCCGGGACAGUAUGGCUACCUCGUUUAGGCCCUCGGGACAAGGUCUGCGGCAGGUGCUACGUAUCUCUUUAUAUUCCGGGACAGGAGGCUCGGCCUCCCACUGUUGCCGCUGCCCUCUUGGAGCUAGAAGAUACCUACUUACCGAUAAUAUUAUAAAAUUAAAAGAAUUUCAGCAUAACAAGGUGACUGUUGCCCAUAAUCUUCCUGGCACCAAAGAAACCUAUUUUAAAAAGUGGGAAGAGAAAUUGACCCAGGACAAGCUUAUCUUGAAGGAGGAGUUGAGAACGUUGCUUCAUUUGUGUGAGUCCCGGGAUGACAUGGAACUGGCUAAACGUGUCAUUUAUAGGUACCAUGCAGAGAACAGAAAUUUCACUUUGGGAGAAUAUAAGUUUGGACCACUUUUCAUGAGGCUGUGUUAUGAGUUGAACCUUGAGGAGUCUGCCCUGGCACUCAUCAAAGACCAGAGUUUACGAGGUUUCUUCUCAGACAGCACAUCAUACAAUAUUUUGAUGGAUAUGUUAUUUAUGAAGGGUGAAUAUGAAAGUGCUUCAGAAGUAUUGAUAGAGAUGAAAAACCAAGAUGUGAAGUUCAGCAAAGAUACCUACGUCCUUGCUUUUGCAAUUUUCUACAAACUGAAUAGCCCCGAAUCUCUCAAAAUGUGUACUAUGUUAAGAGAAGAAGCUCUGAUCAAAGGAGACGUUCUCUCCAGGAGAGCAUCCUGUUUCGCCGUGGCAUUAGCUCUGAAUCAGAACCAGGUGGAAAAAGCCACAUCCUUUUAUUCUCAAAUCAUGAAUCCAGAAAGCAUAGCUUGCGCUAAUUUAAAGAUUAUAAUCCAUAUCCAGUCAAAUAUGUUGGAAACCCUCAUAAAGGAACUAGCAGAUGCUGCAGAAGGAAAUGUAUCAAGAUUUGUGAAAAGACAUGUGUUCUCAGAGGAAGUGCUGGCCAAAGUAAGGGAAAAAGUGAAGGCUAUCCCUGCCCUUUUGGACAGAUUUGAUGAGAUCUAUGGGAAACUGCACAUCACUGGCCACGUCACCACUCAGACUUUAGAUGACCUGCUCUGCCACAUCCCCAAAGACAAGAAAUCCCCGAUGUUGUUUCUGAACAAGAGGAGAAUUAGCCGGAGGACCCUCCAGCCACUCAACAAGUCCCUGUUGGCUGAGUAACCCUGAUGGUAAUCCGCGUGUGUAUCUGAGGGGCCCACUUCUAAUAAGUAACUGGCUUCCUAAGAAGCUGGCUGUCGUACUUCAGUGGACACUUGGUCUCCUCCCUGAAUUUCCAAGUUCACCGAGUGGCAGGAUGCUGAUUUGAGAAGUUAUUAUGUUGUCCCACUGUGAGGGUCUGUACCUGCACAGAAACUUCAGCUCUUUGAGAAAAGAGGAUUCUUCUGUGUACACUGCUGAGGACCCUUCAAGGAACAUGGUCACCGUCUUCAGUCCAGCUUCUGGUACCAGAGUGGAACCCGUAAGCACCAUCAGGAAUGCAUUUCACUAUAUAUAUGGUCAGCUCUGAUUUUCAAGGGAGUAGUUACUUGCAAAUUUACCCUUACUGAUCCAGGAGGUUUGAAAACAUAUUCUACCACAUUACAAAAUAGCCCAGGAUUUUCUCAUUGUUCUGCCAUCAAAUUUUUCCCUUCUCUUUUCUUCUCUCUUCUUUUUUUUUUUCCUUUCCUUUUUAAACAAGAGUCUCACAGUGUCACCUAGCUCUCUACAACCUCAAACUUGUAGGCUCAAGCAGUCUUCCCACCCUAGCCUCUCAAGUAGCUGGGACCAUAAAGAUGCCAUCACA